CAAUAACGGGAUCUAUAUGGCUCUAUAUCUAUAACGAGGCUACUAACGAAUUUUUAUGUCGGGGAGAGAUGAAGAGCGUGCAAGCGCCUACCAUAAAUGAACGCUAUAUGCAUCGCAAUGGACGAUCAUCGAUCAACGAUGACGGGCAGCCUCGGUGUGUGUUUCGCAGUCGCAAAGUCAUUGACCUUUACCGCCGCGUUCCCCGACAUCACCAUUCCACCCACAGCAUUGUCACGACUGCCAAGUCAGUGCCUUGUAUCAAUCCAACCCUCCGCAACAACAGAGCGCAAUCGUCCUUAAUCUCAAUUAUCUCUUCUACUUCUUCUGUCUUGGUCUGGUAUCGAAGCAAUGAGCGUUGGGACUGUUCUCACUGACGAUGGAUUGGGUGUUAUGAUGAAAUGCGAAGGUGGUAGAGCGGUUGGAGCUGGGAGUCGAACAACACUUCAAACUCAACCUCGAUUUUAUCCAGGAAUGAAUUCAACUUCAUCUCCAGCUCCCACACCAUAUCCCCCCUUAUCGCACGGUCUUGCGCCACCUACAAUCUCCACCCCGCCACACGCGACACCACCCACUCGUGCGCAUUACCCCCUCAAACGCCAUUCUCUCGUUCAGAAGCUUGGUGCUGAAGAUAUGAAACGUCUACUCUCAAAGCCAGCUGCGGUCUCGGGAUACUCUAGCACCAGCGAUACCGAGAACUAUUCCCGUCGGAGGCCCAGCACAGCUGUCGUUGUAGGCUCUACCAAAUCACCAAUCCCUCCACGAAAAAAGGUGGCGACUCCACAGUCUCAUCUUGCUACCUCGAAACACGAAGGCUCUUUGGGUUCAGCCUCAGAUACGACGUCAAAUAGGCCUAUUCCCGUCGGCGGCAGUAGUCGGGUUGCGUCUUGUAGCAACGACGUACCAUCCGCGACGCCUGUCGAACCGGGGAAAGGGUUUAGUCUGUUGGGUCGAACGCCAUCUCUAGGUAGACUAGCUUCCGAGGAGUUUUUGACCUGGAGGAGGGACAACGAAAAGCCAGACUCGAUGGAGAAGAACGCACGGAACGCACCCAGGAAACCCCCCCUCGAGAACCUUCCGACUAUAGAAAGUUUGUUGUCGUCGAAUGCACACCCCCCUCCAUCCGAUGCGACAAGUCCUCCUCCAACGGGCCGAUUGGCACGAAGCGGAAACUCGCCUUCUCGUGGAGUCAUUCCUAUACAGGCACCUAGGCGUACGCCGGCUGAAGAAAUCAUGUUGGCGUACAGACAACAGGUAGCGCGGGAAGAGGCGAUUCACAAGACUUUGGGUCAUGAGGUGAAGGCCGGAGAGGUACUUACGAUAAGGAGGGGCAGACCCCGUUAGUUGGAAUCGACGCAAGGAAAAAAAGAGAAAGGUUGGCGACAAUUUGGCGUCUUUCGUUGAACGGUGAAGUUAGCAUCGAAUUAGAACAAGCCGAUGGUCGACGUAUGGAUCUACACCGCUUUGUAUGCAGAAAGUAAUAGAACUUGUCUUUUGUAACGCCUCCUGCCUUACUCGGACCAACAGCUUACCUGAC